UCCGGCGGCGCCAACGUCCGCUUCCGCCCGCCUCGUUGCCGGCAGCCGCCGCCGCCGCCGCCGUAGCCCGGGAGAGGCGCGCGGGCGCCCCCGGGGCCGCUUCCGCUUCCGCCGCCGCCGGGACCCGAUGAGGAUGGAGACCGGGGACGCCGCGCGCCCGAACCACAGCUCGCUCUUCAAGGCCUUCCCCCCGCAGCCCCGCGCCGGCUUGCGGGACGCGCUCGGCCAGCCCGACGCCAAGUUUUUACCCAACAAGAUCGGCGGCCUCGCGUGCCCUGCUGGAAACGCCUCGUGCGCGCUCAAUUACAGACCGGAAGUCCCGUGCCCUGAGACCUACCGGACAGCGGGAGAGCCUCGAGGCUUUGGGUCCAGCGCCAACGGGCAGUGGAGGGGCUUGGUGCCCGCCCUGGGCUCUGCACCGCCGAAGCCCCGGGCGAGCCGCGGCUCCUACCUCGAGGCUCGCAAAAUCCCCAGCGGGACGUCCAACAGCUUUGUAGGAAAGUCGAACCACCACUGCCAUGCGUCGGCCUUCCCCAUCAAGCCCGCCCAGAGCCCUUCCUGGAGCGGCCCGUGCCGCCGCAGCCUGCUCAGCCCAAAGAAAACACCGCGGCGGUUCAUCAGCACGGCGGAAGAGACUGUUCGGGAGGAAGAGCGAGAGAUCUACAGGCAGUUGCUUCAGAUGGUCACGGGAAAACAAUUCUCCACAUCCAAGCCUUCGUCACUAUUCCCCUUCCAUCUGUCCAGGUGUUCAAAUUCCAGUAAAACUAUGGUGAAAGAAGCUCCCAGCAAGAACUCAAAGCUGUUUGAAGCUCACAGCAUCGCACCAGCCAGUUCCACAACCAGCAUUCUUGGAGCACCGGAGCAGCCGUCACACAAAGCUCCGCUCUACUCCCCACCCAGCUAUUCCUCCAGUAUCUUUGAGUCCCCGAACUCCACAGCCCAGCAGCACCAAGAAAAUGUACCAGCAUCUAACACGCAGUCUGAAGGGUCAGACUCUGUCAUUUUGCUCAAGGUAAAGGAUUCCAGAACCCCAGCUCCAAGCCCCCCGUUCUUCCAGGCAGAGCUGUGGAUCAAAGAAUUGACUAGCGUCUAUGAUUCACGAGCUCGGGAGAGGUGGCGGCAAAUUGAAGAACAGAAAGCUCUGGCCCUACAGCUGCAGAGCCAGCGGCUGCAGGAACACUCGGUGCAGGAUCUGGUGGAUUUGAAUCUUCGAGUACCCCUCGAGAAGGAAAUCCCCGUCACUGUGGUCCCAGAAGAGAAAGAGGAUGCUAAAUCAGCUGAUGGCGAAGAGGAAUUCCCUGAAAUCACCGAGGAAAUGGAAAAGGAAAUCAAGAACGUGUUCCGAGGUGGGAACCAGGACGAGGUCCUCAGCGAAGCUUUUCGGUUAACAAUCACUCGGAAAGACAUUCAGACCCUCAAUAAUCUGAACUGGCUCAACGACGAGAUAAUUAAUUUCUACAUGAAUUUGCUGAUGGAGCGGAGCAAAGAAAAGGGCUUGCCGACAGUUCACGCGUUCAAUACUUUCUUCUUUACCAAAUUAAAAACAGCAGGGUACCAAGCCGUGAAAAGGUGGACUAAGAAAGUAGAUAUCUUCUCCGUGGAUCUCCUCCUGGUGCCUAUUCAUCUGGGAGUGCACUGGUGCCUCGCAGUUGUAGACUUCAGGAAAAAAACCAUCACCUACUAUGACUCCAUGGGCGGAAUAAACAGCGAAGCCUGCAGGAUACUGUUGCAAUACUUAAAACAGGAAAGUCUUGACAAGAAAAGGAAAGAAUUCGACACUAAUGGCUGGUCGUUGCUGAGCAAGAAGAGUCAGGAGAUCCCACAGCAGAUGAACGGCAGCGACUGCGGGAUGUUUGCCUGCAAAUACGCCGACUGCAUUACCAAAGACAAACCCAUCAACUUCACGCAGCAACACAUGCCCUAUUUCCGAAAGCGAAUGGCCUGGGAGAUCCUGCACCGCAAGCUGCUAUGAUGACGCUGUGCCGAAAGCUGCUUCCCUGUGAGAUUGUAUCAGAAGUGCCCAAAUUUGCCCAGCUCAGCAGUCUUGAGCCAUGGCAGCGUGGAUCUGCCCAGGGCUUCAGUCAAAGAAACAGCAAACGAACUCUUGUAUGAUAUUUUUGAUAAAACACCAUUCACGGACCAAUGCGCAAUAGAAAUGCUCAGAAGCACACUUGCCUUUUUCUUUUUUUUUUUUUUGUAUUUCCGAGACCUAUUUUUACAAGCAAUUUCAGGUGCUGAGACUUGAGGGGGCAGCUUUGGCCAUUGGAGGAACUUUUCUUUUUCUGCUUUUUCAGCCCUUUGCGGCCAGCUUUGUGCCGACGGCGUGACUCUCGGGGCGGGGGAUUGCAGGGGAGGAGAAAGCACUUAGGUGGUUCUGGGUGCUCGGCACGCUGGCAGAGCUCUGCUGUGCACCGAGGGGGCUUGUAGGUGGGUGGGGGUGGGCAGAAAUGUGGUUGGGGGUGGAUGUUGGGAGGGUUUGCCCACACAGGCGGCCCUGCUUGCACACCAGCACGGAUAUCCCGCAGAGGGCUGGCCAGCAUCGCUGGGAGGAAGCAAAAAGUGGGACUCGACUCCUUUUCACCGGUCAAAGCGGUUUUUGCUUUGUCCUUUCCUGCAUCACCUCUCCUCCGUCCCCAAAGCCAGCAUUUCCUCGCCCACCCCAACCUCUGCCUGUUGUCACCUCCUGAGGUUACAGCCCAGCUUCCCCAGGAGCCGGGCGGGGGGCGUCCUCCAGGAGCUGGGGGGUCUCCGGGGGGGAACUUUGGCCCCGUUUUUGCGGAGCCGCUUUUCCGCCCGAGGAAUUUGUCUCCCGGUUCUUUAGCAUCAAGUGUUUACGGAAAUUCAGGUACAAGUUUGACUUACUGUAGAGUAGAGCCAAUGUUGAAUUGUUCUGUAUAUAUUUCCAAGCGUUUUCCAGAGCGACAGAGAACAAAGUCUGUGUUUUUUCCACCCUGGCUUCGCCUCCUCGCAGGAGCUGGGGCCGCGGCUUCUUGCCACCUUUGUCCUUGUGCGGACAGCCCCAGCUGAGCAGGAUGAAUCGCUCCUCUCUCCGUGAUAUUUUGCACAUGUUUUGCCUGGGGGAUGAAUGCUGACACAAGGUCAAAGGUUGCAUUGAAGGCAGGCAUCGAGUCGAGAAGUGCUUCCAAAGGUAUCUCCGAGUACGUUCAGCGUGCGCCUCCCGGGAGCCUCGAGGAUGAGCGAUCUUCAUCCCUGUCAGCUGGGGGGAGAAGUAAAAUAUUCAGAAGCGCUUAACCCCUUCCGCAGUUGGGAUUUGAGGGCCCUUGAGGCUUCUGAACAUUUUACCCUGAGCGCCUGAUUCCUCUGGGCUCGUGUGGGGCUUUGCUCCUGCUUUCAGCUCUUUUAAUUUAUUCUCAAGUGCGAUGUGGGAGGAAGCGGUUAGUGUUUGACAGGCUUCCCCAGCAGCUGACCCUGGUUCUUUUCUCUCGUGUACAUAACCUUUUUAAGUAUAAGUAAAGAAUUAAAUAAUGUCCACUUUUGUAUUUUUGUCUCCAGAUAGGGAGUGACAUUUUAUACAUUUUCUGUACCUGUAAGCAGUAGUUUUGUACAAAAGUUCUCCCUUCUACCCCUUGCUCCUGCCGCGUUGUGUUCUUUGUAGGCUGGUUUGUAUCCUUCCCUCUCCUUCCUCUCCCCCCCUGUGUGUUUUAUACUGAGUUCAUUUACUACCUUUUUCUAUCUUUUACUGCAAGUAAAGAUCUGAGGAAAAAAAAAGCAGACUGCUAUCUUUUCUCUGUGUGCGUGUAACGAUUCCCUGUUAAAUAAAACUAGCCGUGAACCGUA